UGUCACGUGACCUGUUGGAUUGUUUGGGACCGCGCGCCUUUCAGUGUUGGCGGGUAGACAACACUGCUUGCUGCUGAGCUGACAACAAGGAUAAUUUCACUCGAUUUAUAAUCAAGAAUAUGUCGAACUGGACCAGAGGCAAACGACGUGAAACUCGCGAAAACGAACAUGAGAAUGGGAGCUCUGGUCCGUCCCGGUGGUCCCACUGCAGGAAAAGAGGGGUCGACGGAAGCCUGCGGGCCAACAGAGAGGAGGACGCUGGUCGAGAAAAGGGUGGGCACUCCGACAGCAGAAAUGCUAGUUUCACCACUCCAGAGGGCACAGGCCCGGUGUCUCGCUGCGGCAGAAAGGCUGACUGGGGCAGUCAGGUGGAGAAUGAUGAAAUGAAGAGAGACGUACACAGAGACAUGCAGCGUUACAGGAGGAGGAUACUGGGUGCAGAGGUCACCCAGAGAGAGAGGAAGAUCUCCUCUGGCUCAUCGGGGAGCUGCGACUCAAAAGAGGGGGAACACAUUGAAACUGAUGAGGCAGUGUUGCUAAGGCGACAGAAACAGAUCAACUAUGGAAAGAAUACACUGGCCUAUGAUCGGUACAUCAAAGAAGUUCCAAAGUAGGUCCAC